AUGUCUGCUCCUGUCUCUUCCAUGAUGAUCCAAGCCCCACCCCACCUCCAGCCCCCUCCCCCUCCCCUAGCCCAACCCGAACCUACCAUGUCGGACAUGAUGCUCCUCGUCAACGAUCUCCGACGCCUCGUCCUCGACAUGCACUAUCAAACGCAUCAACAGCUCGAAGCUGCGCGGCACGAGAGAGGCGCGCUCCAUUCCGCGAUCAACGAAUUGCAUCGCGAGAACGCCUCCUUGAAAGGACGAGUCGCGCAUGUGGAUAACCGGCUUCGGGUGGUGUCGGAGUUUCUAGGCUCAGCACAAGCGGACCGCGAGAUAAUCAGAAGCGAGAUGAAGGAGGGGUUGGAGGAGCUGGGACAGCAAGGGCGGGAUUUGAAGGCGUCGGUCGUCAAGAUGCAAGGGCCGUCAUCCAAGUUGGCGGAGAUACGGAGGGAUGUGACCAAGAUCCAGGGUAGUGUGGGGCAGAUAACUACUAUUGGGGGGUUGGAGGAGCUGGGACAGCAAGGGCGGGAUUUGAAGGCGUCGGUCGUCAAGAUGCAAGGGCCGUCAUCCAAGUUGGCGGAGAUACGGAGGGAUGUGACCAAGAUCCAGGGUAGUGUGGGGCAGAUAACUACUAUUGGCAAAGACCUAAAGGCGUCGGUCGUCAAGAUGCAGGGACCCUCAUCCAAGUUGGCGGAGAUACGGAGGGAUGUGACCAAGGUUCAGAGCAGCGUAGGGCAGAUGACUACUGUUGUACGCAAGACCGCCAAUACAGUGGAUCAGAUCCUCGUCAAGGCCGGGAAAGAGGAGGUUGAUUCUGAUGAGCGCGAAGCCACGCACAAAUCAUACUUGCUCGCAGGGAUGCUUCUAGGCAGUAAUAGCUAUUAG